AUGCAAAAAGAUUACAAGCAGAUAUAUCGUCUAGUCGAACAAACGAGAGUAGAGUCCCUUUCCAUAAUGCUUUCCCCAGACAAGUCACAGUCUUCCAUUAUCGCGCUAAAAUCAAUAGGCGCUGUUGAACUGAACACGACGCUCCAUGUUGGUUUUGCUCAGGCGGUAGGGGAAGUAAGACCAUUUGUUACAUACUAUCUGCGCAGUGAUGAUUGCAUUGAAUUUUUGUGUGUAGGAACAUGUAAAAUAGCCACCAACAAUGUUGUCGAGAAGAUUGAGGAGUACAAACGAGAACAGCCUAGCAUAUUUGCUUGGGAAAUUCGCGAUAAGCUGCUCACCGACCAUAUCUGCUCUCAGGACACGAUACCAAGUGUUUCCUCCAUCAAUCGAGUGCUACGCAACUUGGCCGCGCGCAAAGAGCAGCAAGCCAUGCAAACCGACUUCUACGAUCGACUUCGAUUCGUCGAUCCAAAUCUCGCGUAA